CUGGAAUAAACAGUGUUUGCCUCACACACAAAAAAAAUGAACAUCGUAACAGACUAUAUGUCCUGUCCUUACGCCUGCGAGUCAAAGUCCCAGAGAGGGGGAACACUCUGGUUACCGAGGAAUAAGUUACAGCGUCCUGCCCUUGUACCUGCUGAACUGUUGGCCUCACCAACCACUCCAAACAUCUCAAGUACGAGGCGGACAGACUGAAGCCAUCCUGCACUGUGUGGCUGCCUGUACUUAAAAGGGAUUUGUUGUGACCUGAUCAUCAGUCUAGAUGUUGUUUUCAAACCAUUUAUUGGGUAACGUAUUCGGCGUGGUCUGCUCCUGAAUCACUGCGUUGUAAGUCGGUUUGUAGCUCCCGGUUUGAGUGCUGUGCGUCACUUCUUUGGAUCUUGGACUUGGUGGGAUGUGCUUGAUACAAACGGAGUUGGUUUGUCAGUGAUUGAGUCACUGAGAUGACUCAGUCAUGAGUGCAGGAUGUAGAAUCUGGCUGUUGUUUUGGUACAGUGUUGCUGUUUUGGUGCCUUCUGAGCCUUUGGUGGCUCCAUUUUUGAAACAAAAUAGAUUGAAGUUGUUGAGUUUUAAAGAUGCUCUGGGUGGAAUUGUGUAGCAUGGAGCGCCCCUUCCUGUUUAGCAUGCGAAAAGUCCUCAAUAUGGCAGGGGGACCAGUGGACCCCAGAGAGAUUUUGAAGGGGGUGGAGAAUCUCUUGGGAAAAGAUGGAGAGCUCCGCAGCCUGGAGGGAGUCCCGAAAGUGUUUAGCCUCAUGAAAGCUUCUACCAAGAUGGUCAGUAGGUGUAUGUACCUGAACAUCCUGCUGCAGACGAAAUCCCACGAUGUUCUCAACAGGUUCAUCAGAGUCGGUGGCUACAGGCUGCUCAACUCGUGGCUCACCUACUCCAAAACCACCAACAACACCCCGCUGCUGCAGCUCAUCCUGCUCACGCUGCAGAAGCUGCCUCUCAAAGUGGACCACCUCAAACAGAACAACACAGCCAAGCUGGUGAAGCAGCUGAGCAAGAGCGCAGACACAGAAGAACUGAGGAAGUUAGCGUCCGUGCUCGUAGAUGGGUGGAUGGCUACAAUCCGCUCGCAGAGCGUCUCGAGCAGUGGCUCUCCUGCAGAAAAGAAAAAGAAGAAAGACGAGAGCAAGGUGCCAGUGCGGGAGGUGAAGGAGAAGAGUGGAGACGAGGAGAAGAAGAAGGAGAAGCCGAAAGCUCACGCACCGAGCCACGCGAAGAUUCGUUCCAUAGGACUGGAGAUGGACACUCCAAACCCGGCCCCCCCUAAGAAGACGCCAGCUGCCCCACAGCUCGGCGACAAGUACAACAUCAAGCCUCCACUCCUCAAGAGGCCGAGCUCUGGUCCGUUUGACGCUCCGCCUCUGGAGAAGAAGUACAAACCUCUAAACAUGCCCUCUAACUCUGCCAAAGAGAUCAAAGUCAAGAUCAUUCCAGCACAACCGAUGGAGUGCACAGGGUUCCUAGACGCUCUGAACUCUGCCCCAGUGCCCGGCAUCAAGAUCAAGAAGAAGAAAUCCGGCGGUGGUACUCCACCGAAUGUCAAGGCGGUCUCCCCUACGUCUAACAAGGCGAGUCCGUUUGACAGCAAACCCUCUACGUAUUCCUCAACUACUAAACCGUCGUCUCCAGAGUCUGCUGCUUCCGGCGCUCCUGCUGACGAAAACAUGGAGACAGAGCAGCCUGGGACCCCCGUUCCCUCAGAGGACCCAGAGGCCUCUGACAACGGCGAGAAGCCCAACGCUCUGGCAGAACCACGUGGAGAGGAAGAAACCCUGACCAAGAAGGGCAAGAAGAAGAAGACCGUUCACUGGGCCGAGGAGGAGCAGCUCAAACACUACUUCUACUUUGAUCUGGACGAGACAGAGAGAGUCAACGUCAACAAGAUUAAAGACUUCGGCGAGGCUGCCAAACGAGAGCUGAUGAUGGACAGGCAGACGUUUGAGAUGGCCCGCCGCCUCUCCCACGACACCAUGGAAGAGAGGGUACCGUGGACGCCCCCGAGGCCGCUGAUGCUGACCGGCAGCCUGGUCGCAGCCGGGGCCAACAGCACCGAGAAACUGACCCAGAGAGACCGCGAGAUGGGCAUCCUGCAGGAGAUCUUCCUCAGCAAAGAAAGUGUGCCUGACAGUCCACAUGAACCAGACCCAGAGCCUUAUGAGCCCAUGCCUCCCCGUCUGAUCCCUCUAGACGAGCAGGACUCUUCGAUGAUGGACGACGGCUACGGCGAGCCCAUGGACACGACGUCGCAGCAGGCUUCUGCCAUGGCCCAGAACGAGAGCUCCAAGCUGCCGCCCGUCCUGACCAACCUCAUGCUCAACCUGGGCGGCAACUCCCGCAGCCCGCAGGCCACAAGCACCGUCAACAACCCGGUGGCUCCCACGGUCAACGUGCAGGAUCUGCUCUCGUCCAUCAUGGGUGCUUCUGGUAACCAGUCCACUGAAGACCUGAUCAAGCAGCCAGACUUCUCGGACAAGAUCAAACAGCUACUGGGCUCCCUGCAGCAGACCCAGAACCAGAACCAAGGCGGACCUCCACCAGUGAACCAGGGUUUGCUGGGCCACGGUCCAGGCACCAACAACAUGAACAACAUGAACAUGCACAUGCAGAUGCCCAUGAACGGCGGCUACCCGCCCAACAACCCGCCCGGCGGACCUCGCUUCAACCACCCACCGCCCCCUCACAACCACGGACCACCUUUCAACGCCGGCGGCCCGCGCAUGAUGGGGCCGCCGCCGGGCCAGGGCCGAGGAGACGGCAACUACUGGGGAGACGACUCCAUGAGAGGAGGGCCCCACCGGGGAGGCCACUUCCACCGAGGAGGACGGGGCCGGGGAGGAGGAGGAGAUCCGGGCUUUAGGGGCAGAGGACGAGGAGGGCCAAGAGGAGGACACAACAACAUGAACGACAUGUCCAAGAGGCCGGUGUGUCGUCACUUCAUGAUGAAGGGAAGCUGCAGGUACGAGAGCAACUGUGCCUUCUACCACCCCGGGGUAAACGGGCCGCCGCUGCCCCCCAACCACCCCGCCAACAACCAACACAACCAGCACCCACAGCACGGACACUAGGCGACGCCGCUGCACCUUCCCGGGAACAACCCUCGAUUAACUGUCGGCCUUUCGCGGAGAAGGGAGCCAAUCCUUUUUGUGAGGGUGUCGACCCCGUUUCCGUUUAAAGACGCGAACAUUAGAGCGAGUAGGGAAGACGUGUGAAGUCAUCCCAAAGCAAGAACAAACACGAGGGAAGGGAGUGCGACCCGAGACGAUCGGCGAUGGGACUGAGUUGUUUUUUUUUUUUUUAUUGUGAUCAGUUUUAACAGUUACAGACCGUAACAGGCUGCCACACUUUGACCACUAUGUGCUCCGUCACUAAAAACCAUUGAACGUGGUCGACUGAACGGGAACAGCUCGAAAGCUUUCCACGCGAUUAAAUUCCCUCCGCGUUCGUGGCUGUUGUACUGUGUAACUACACGUGAUAUUGUUUUGUUACUUCAUCAGGCAGGUUUGUACAGAAGAGGCUUUUUUUUUUUCUUUUUUUCCUCCCCCUGUCUUACACUAUUCUCAAAUGUGAGACAAAAGAUUUAGGAAGCACUUUAUGACGAUAAAGGCCAACAGAGUUUAUCCGCAGCUUAUGAUUUAUUAAAACUGGGCCCUCCGGAGAAGAAUUACAAAGUAUUUAAACAGCUUUAUUUGGUCCAAUCCUGAGGACAACAUAAAGAAAUGAACUGCCGACCUGAUGAGGAAGGCCUUCUCUCUUUCUUUUUGUUUCUUACAGCAGCUGAUAUUGAAUGUGAAGCGAGGACGCAAACAGCGGUGUGUGUGUGAAUGAGUGAGUGAGUGUGAUCAAAUGUAAGCUUUCCAUCUGUGCGCUCCGGCCUCGGCAGCUCCGCGGUCAGACCUGCCGGCUUGAUGCGCGACAAUCAUGAGCGUCAAACAUGCGUUGGUUCUGUCAGAAGAGCGACCUCCCCCUGAUCUCAGAGCUGCUGCCUCUGCGUCCUCUGUACUACUGUCAGUGUUAAGGAGUCAGACGAACGAUGAACUGCUCUGCGGGUCAGCAUUAUUGAGUGUUUUCUGUGAAAACAAAUGACCUUCGUGUCUCUUGUGGGACUGUUAGAAUGUAAUGAGGUUUUUUGUUUUUUGUUUUUGUUGUUGUUGCUCCCUCCACCCUCCAUGAUUUUUUUUUAUUUUUUUUUUAUUUUGAUACAAUCUUGAGCAUCAACCCUUUUUUUUUAAAGAUGGGUUCAGGUGAAAUGUUUGUAUUCAUGUGUUUGUAUGAAUACGGGGGAUACACAUUCAUACAUGUCAUAUUUUCUGUUGAAUUCUUUUGUACACAGUGUAUUGAAUAAAUGUCCAAAUAUAUA